UAGCUCUAUCUUCUUGAUCUGGUGAUUUUUUAUUUGCAAAGGGUGUUCUAUAAUAAUGUCAACAAGUGUGAUUAGUGAUUCCAUGGUGAUGGCGUCCGGGCCCGACGGGCCGGGCCAUACAUUUUCGGGCCAAAUUGAUGUCGAUUUCGCCAAAUGUGAUUGUUGCGGGCUUACCGAAGAAUGCACUCCUUCAUAUAUAGAGACAAUUCGAGAAAGGUAUGGGGGUAAAUGGCUUUGUGGGCUUUGCGCAGAGGCAGUGAAAGACGAAAUCUUGCGCUGCCGGAAGCUAAUAAGCCUCGACGAAGCUAUGGCCCGGCAUUUGAACUUCUGCAACAAGAUUCGGGCCCCACGCCCACCGCUGGACCCCACCGUGCAUUUGAUUCGGGCCAUGACGCAAGUUCUGAGGAAGAGCUUGGAGAGCUCAAAGUCAAUGCCGAGCAGCCCGAUUAGUAGAAAACGGAAUCUUGAUAUGAAGGGUACCGGGUUGACUCGGUCGGAGAGUUGUAUCCCGAGUUUGACACUGGUCGAGGCCUCGUUUCAUUGUGGGGUGGAAGAAGGUUGUGAGUGAGGAUGGAGGAGAGUACGGUGAAGCUCUAGUGCUUCGUUUGUAAUUCUCGUAUUAUGUGAUAAUAAUGUAGAGAGGAAAUUGGGUUUGUUUUUCGAAUGUAGAACUAGUUCUUGUUUGUAUAAAUGUUCGAGUUUCUACAUUUUUUUUAUCAAAGUCAAUCCACUCUU